AUGGCUGCCCUCGACGACGCUGUCGUUGCCUUUCUCAAGAAACACACGCCCAACAACGCCGCCGACGAGACCGACGCCGUCAAAGCCUCGCACGCCCUCUUCCCCGGCGUCUCGUACACUGACGCCGAGAAGACGGAGCUGAGCCAGUGGCUCAUCACGGCCGCCCAUGUCGCCUCCCCCGCCGAAGACGCCGCAAAGGCUUCAGAGCGCCUGUCGUCGCUGAACACACACCUCUCCAGCCGAACCACGCUCCUCGGCGCAAAGCCCUCGGUCGCCGACAUCGCCCUGUACCAGAAGCUCGCGCCCGUCGUCGCCAAGUGGAGCGCAGACGAGAGGACGGGCGAGAACGGAUACCACCACAUUGUCCGUCACGUCGACUUUGUCCAGAACUCGCCCCUCUUCGGCCUCAAGCUGGACGACAAGGUCAGCAUCGACCCCGACAAUGUCGUCUUCAAGAUCAAGCCGGUAGACGCCAAGGCUGAGAAGGAGCGCAAGAAGAAGGAGAAGGAGGCUGCCGCCGCCAAUGCCGCCGCCUCAGGCGCUACAGCUACCACUCUGACGGGAGACCAAGGCCAGAGUGCCCAGGGCGGCCAGGGCGGCAAGAACAAGGCAGACAAGGCCAAGGCCAAGGCAGAGGCAGCUGGCUCAGCCGUUGCAUCAGCCGUUGCCGGCAACCCCGCGAGUGGCGCUCCUGAAGGCGCACCGACUGAGAAGAAGCAAAAACAGAAGAAGGAGAAGCAGCCCAAGCCUCAAAAGCCCGCGCCCGUCGAGAAGCCCCUCUCCCCCGCCCUCAUCGAUCUCCGUGUAGGACACAUUCUCAAGGCCGAGACCCACCCCAAUGCCGACUCGCUGUACGUCUCCACCAUUGCAUGCGGCGAUGCUCCCGGCACAGACAACACAUCCGAGUACGAAGGCCAGAUUGUGCGUACCGUGUGCUCUGGCCUCAACGGCCUGAUACCUCUGGCCGAGAUGCAGAACCGCAAGAUUGUUGCCGUGUGCAACCUCAAGCCCGUCACGAUGCGCGGCGUCAAGUCGUGCGCCAUGGUCCUAGCUGCAUCACCCCGGGUAGCCGAGGGCGAGGACAGCCACAAGGGCCCCGUCGAAUUGGUCAACCCACCCGCCGAGAGCAAGGCAGGCGACCGCGUCUACUUUGAAGGCUGGGAGGGCGAGCCCGAGCCAGUGCUCAACCCCAAGAAGAAGGUGUGGGAGACAAUUCAGCCUGGUUUCACCACCACCGACGGCCUCCAAGUCGGCUUUGACGUUGCCGUCGUGCCACAGCUGAGCGGCGAGGGCCCCGACAAGAAGACGGGUGUAGCCAAGUUGAGGACAAAGGACGGCUUGUGUAGCGUGUCUACGCUCAAGGGCGGAGUCGUACGAUGAGCGAUGCUAAUUGCAUCAAAGAUGAAAGAAAGAAAAAUUAAAAUAAAAACAAAGACAUGCGCUCACAUCUACGAUACUGUUUUGCGAAAAUUGUGCUGGACGCAAAAGAGGUCAAGAAUUUAGACAAGCAUGUACAUGCAUAUACAUGAGCUUCAACACACUGUGACAUCAUGGUACGCCACAUGUACAAGCACAAGCACAAGAGAAUCCAUCACAGGAGAACCCAUCACAAUCAC